AUGCCACUGCACUCCGACCUAUCAACCCACAAGACGACCAAGUUGGCGAGACUCUACCUAGCAGCGGACGAACGCGCCGAUCAGGACAACGGCCGUUGUAUGAUUCAGGGACAAGACGGGUAUAAGUGGGGUAUCAGUGAGAAGGAACAGAAUACAUCUUCCAAUUGGCUAAAGUACGGGAAUCCUGCAUUUUUCGAGGACAUUCACGGACUGAAGAACUGGGCUGCGGUGUUCCUGCGUCAAAGGAGCCUAGGACAUGGGGUACAUUGUCCUGCACAUGACCGGUUCAACAAGAGGAGGAAAACCCGAGGCCGGAGGCCCCGUCAGGGCCCGCAGAGUCCCACGCCCACUGAACUAGCCGCUAGUGUAGUGGCCCAGUGGGUUAACUACAAAUGGAAGAUCGGGGGGAAGGAUAGGGGGUCGAAUACCAAGGAGGUGGUCGAACUGGCCUGGCAGGCCCGGUGGGAACAACAGAGAGCUAGUCAACAAAGUACUACUCGACAGAGGGUAUUAAACAGGAGGAUAGCCGACGAAGACCCCCCAGCCCUCUUAUUUACCGACAAAGCUCUGAUGAGACACGAAGGUCUUACAAAGGCGCAGAGCUCCCUCCUUUCCCAGGCCCGUAUCGGGGAUAUAGGCCUCCGGGACUACCUGUUCAGGGUGAAAGUCCCGGAGGUCCGUACCCCCUAUUGCGAGUGCGGGAGGGGCAGGGAGACAGUGGAGCACUUGGUGGUUUGGUGCCCCGACCCGCCGUUACAAAGGCCGUGGGACGGCAGAGAGAUUCGGUCACAUCGGGACCUACAAACCGUAUUACGGGGGAGUAGGUGCCCGGAGCAGAAGAUUUGUUAG